AUGUCGACUGGACUAAGACAGCGCGCGAAUUCCAAUUCCAUCAAAAGCAACUCGGUUCGGUCCACAGACGUCAAGCUCAAACCCCCGACGCCGGGCCAAGAUGAGUUCGCAUUCGAGCCCUGUGCGGCAACAGGCUCCUUCCUGCUCUAUGCGCAACGCAACGUAAUACUGGUCCUCCACCACGACACACUGGCGAUAGAGCGCCGCUUUGAUAGGCACCGGGAAGAUGUAUCGUGGAUAUCAGUCGACACAACAAGCGAAAGAGGUGCAGGCCGGUUAGUCGUCUCGUACGACGCCGGCUCGACUGCAAUUGUGUGGGACCUGUUCACGGGCGACGAGGUGGCGAGAUUUGCGUCGUAUGAGCAGAUUCGCGUCGCGACGUGGAUGAGAAACGGAAACGUUGCUUUUGGGAACGCGCAGGGCAACAUCAUCCUGUUCGAGCCUUCCACAUCCGAACACCUCUCUGCCAGAACCAUCUUCGACCCCAUCACCGCACUCGCACCAGCUUCAGACUGCAGAACAUUCGCCAUUGGGUAUCUCAAUGGCUCAAUCCUCAUCGCCACCCUGCAGCCAUCCUUCACCAUCCUGCACACUCUCACCACCCCAAGAAACCCUUCGCCUAUUGCAGGUCUUGCCUGGCAUGGCUCUUCGUCAAAGCAAAAGUCCGAGAUGUUGGCGGCCCAAACAUCAGACGGUGACCUCCGAGUAUGGAGUGUGCCUAAGGCCCAGCACGGCAGUGACGCCCCAUGUGUAAUCCGUGUGCUCAACCAAAAGGAACAGAGAGAGCCCGGACCUUGCUGGUUUGCCUGGUCAAAGAACGGCAGGAUCAUACAGUACACCGAAGGUCAAACCUGCGCAUGGGAUGUCCGUACCAAGAGAGUGUCAUACGAAACUGUGCCAACAACCGAUGGCAUCGCUGCGAUCUGCAACUACGGUCCUACUGCCACCCUCUUCACCAUUGGACGCAACUCGAGUAUUCAACAAUACGACAUCAACCCCAGCAACGGACCAGCCACCAUGGUCGCUAACGUUCAGCAUGCGCCUGCCAACACGCCCCCAUCUCCACCAAGCUCCCUAGACGAACAGCAAAAGCAGAUGGAGACACCACUUACUGCUCUCCCAUCGAAGUCGCUCCCACUAAUGCUUGCCGACUCAGAAAGUAGUGCCGACGAGGGUGUCGCCAUGUCACCGCUGCAGAAGAUUGCCCAAGAAAUGGACCAGCUAGAAGAGGAGCGCCGCGAUCGUGUUGGUCCCCUCAGUCCUGUAUCCAGCCGGGGCUCCCAGAGCUCCCGAUCAUCUGGCAGCGGCCGGGCUCCCCGUUACCGAUACGACAGACCAUCGCAUGGCUCAGCGUCGCAAAGGUCCACCAGGUCGAAGAGCUCGAACGGCUCUGGUACCAUUUUCUCGUCUGGCACAUCGUCCCUUGCUGGCACCUCAACACGUGAAAGCGUUUCCAUUCGAUCAAUAUCAUCAGCUGCAUCAUCUUCCCGGUACGGCUCAUCAGCUCUGCGCAAGGAGGUCCUCCGAAGCCCAGAAGAAUCCAAGAAGAACCAACACAUGGAUCUCUUCCCAUUCACCAAAAUGAGGCUGAGUGACGUACCUUUCCGCCCCACGGAUCUUGGGCCAGAUCGCACUCCAGACGAUCUUCGACUCAACAUGCUCAAGGUCGUGUUUGGUUGGGACCAGGACAUCGAGGAUCUAGUACAGGACGAACUAGCACGUCAUUCUCCCGGUUCGGCCGCUGCUGUCCUUCUUUCGAAAUGGCUUGGUGACCUCGGCGCUGAUCUCAUGGCUUCCAUGGUCGGUUCUGAGUCAAUGACUUCGUCUGACUGGAUGUUGCUGGCUUUGAGCAACAUGGGUCAGGGCUCGCAAAAGAAGGUCGGUGAAGCCUUCGUUCAGCGUCUCCUGGAGAAGGGCGACAUCCACCCCGCCGUGGCCAUCUUCCUCGGACUGGGUGAAUACAACGAUGCCAUCGAGGUCUACGUGUCUCGGAAAUAUUACAUGGAGGCCAUUCUGCUAACAUGCUUGACAUUCCCAACUGACUGGCAGAGGCAAUCUUUCCUAGUCCGCAAAUGGGGAGAGCAUGCAGUUCAACACGGCAGAGCGGAGUUGGCCGUGCGAUGUUUCUCUUGCAUGGGUCUCGAAACCACGGAGCCUUGGUUCUCACCACGUGCGCAGGACGCCGUUUUCUCUGCGCAGAAGCAAGCGCUUCUUGGCUCACAGAUGAGCCCCCCUCUGUCGCCUCCUAGUGGCAGUGUUGGCAGUAGCCGAGUCGCGGCCAGGAUGGCCUCACUCAAGCUCGUCACGGACUUCACGCGCGGACCUCAACCCAGGCAGAUCGUCCGAGAAGAGGACGAAAAGACACCCAUGAACGCCGGUGUGACGCCUAUCGCAGAAUCAGCUAUCAGCCCAGCUGUAGGCCAUGGUGGUUGGCUCGGUCGUGCUGCACGUGAUGCCUCUAGGGAGCCGUCAUCGGCACGAACUGCCACACCAGGUUCAUACAGCAGGAAGCGUUUCCCUUCGCGAUCUGACGCUGGUCGCAAGACUACCAACAACGAAGUUCUUGCAUCGUUGGCCAUCCCGGAUCGAGGUCAGCGUAACGAAUCUCAUCCCAGAACUGCCAUUGACAAUAUCGGCCGCGAAGCGGAGACCUUACCAUUCUCGACACGCCGAGCAACAAGUGGUUCCAAAGAUUUCGUCCUUUCCGCAGCGACUUUCAACCCGGGCAAAUCGAGCGAUCACCUACCUUCCCCAGCAGCUGGAGUGUUCGAUGUUCUCGAGAAGAAACGUGCCGAGUCUCGCGGCAGCUCACGCAGUCGUAACAUUCAAGAGCUUCACCUUGACAUGCCGGACGCUGUAGUUGAAACAGGCCCAGAGACAGGCUACAGCAACAGCAGACUCAGUCCACCUCUCACCGGCGCAAGCAUCAAGAGCGCUAAGGCACGCAGCAUUGAUCAGUACAUCAGCAGUCUGGAAGAAGCAAACCACUAUUCUCAGAACCGCGCCAACUCCAGAAACGAGGAGAGGCCAGCUUCGCGCACUGCACGUACCCGUAGUCGCACUCGUGAGGAGUCACAAAACCGCGGACGAUCAGGUGUUCGUUACAUUCGUCAAGGAAAGCGUUCCCCGUCCUCACCUGUGCCAAUGUCUCCUGAAGACGCAGGUAUCUACUCUUCACAAAAGAAGGAAAUGGGAACUAGCACGGAAGAUUUCGAUGAUGAGAGGUUCUACAAGAUGAGCAUUGCUUCUCCGGCUGUCACAGAAUCUGUUGCCAGCACCCGCACUGCACGCAGCCGGGCACGACAGGGAGUCAGCAAGACAAGAUCUUCGUCCAAGGCAGCUACUCGCCGCACUGAGUCUCCUGAAGGUGCCGUACGGGCCCGAAGCAGAGGCGCUAGCCGCGCAUCAAGUCGCCGUCCAGUCGAUGGUCGCGGACGAAGCGCUCAGCGCGGAGAACACUCUCCCGUCUCUCCUCAACCCAUGCAGCGCGACGAUGAUGAAGGAUUUGCUGGAUAUGAGCCCCCUCGCCAGCGACACCGCAGCAGUAGCCGCCGGCCUUCUGACAGUGCUAUGAGCAGUCGUCGAGAAGCCUCCGAAGAGCGCCGCGCGCCACGAGACCGAUCCGUGAGCCGGAAGCCCACGCCAUUCCUGAGGGAAUCUAGCCGUACACGAGGUUACGGCCGCGAUGCUUCUCCUGAUUCCUUGACUUCAGGACGUUCAGGUGCGCCGCGCAUGCGCCCUACCACGUUGUCAAGGAGGGCCCUGGCCGCUCGUGAGUUGGAAGAGCGUAGACUGUCUUUGGCUCGCCGGCCAUCCGCUCCAGUCAUUCCCCAUCCUGGAGAUCUCGCAUUCCGACCAGUGUCCCACGAGCGGUCGAACACUGAUGACAUGCUAAACUCAAUGUCGAUGUAUCGCGAUCCAAUUACGAGAAGCCAAACAGCGGACCCGGAGAUGACCAAGAGAAUCGGUGGCGCAGGACCAACAUCGACGACAUCUGUACCAAUUGGUCUUCCAGCCAAUCCUCGUGCCAUGCGUCAUCCUAGAUACAUGACUGCUGACCCAAAUGAUGAGGAUGACAUCCCAGCAGUGCCAAGUAUCCCGGACAACAUGCAAUUUCAAGACUCGCACUCCGGAGAAACAGACGACAUUGGGCCUCUACUGCCAGCAACCACUUUUGGUCAGCCUACUGCACCUCCAAGGUCCAUGUCAGCGCCUCCGCAGGACAUCCUUCCAUCCAGCACCUACAACUCGCCUACCUUCCCGAUGGGCAGACGCCCCUCUGUAGGUGGAUCUCGCGGUCACUCUCGCCAGAACACGAUGCCCGAUGUCCUGCCUCAGACCAACUACAAGCGCCAUAGCCCACCGCCCAUCACUGCGAGCAUCGCCGAGACAAUCCAUGAGAAUCAAAACCACAACCAAGUCAUCAUCAUCGACCAGGAAGAAGACAGGGCCCCUCCUCUGCUAUCUCAGCUCCAGCAUCUAGCAACCCCACCGCCUCCGCCACCACCACCGCUAAACCUUGGCGGUCACAACGGCAUCGGUAUGAUUAACAUUGCUAUCGAUAGCAACAGUCCCGGCGAAAAGCCCAUGGAAGUGUCACCUACCAACCCUUCCGCUACAGGCUCCCCACAUGCACACCGUCGGGGACGCGGCAGUGUGAGCGAAAACCUGGGUAUGACAUUCAAGCGCGUAACUGAACGCAUGCGUAGCACCAGCCGUGGGCCUCAGCGCGCCAAGUCCCCACCUAUCACUAUGACCCGCGCUGAGCGAUCCCCCUACGAGAGCGUACCAGAGUUCUCCUUCCCCCGCGGACCAAACACGAGAUCCCCUCCUGGCGACUCGGGCAACCACCACGACUCCUACUUCAACCAGGUUCCUCCUCCGCCUCCGCCGCCACCGCCGAUGCCCCAACCCAUGGAGCAGGUCAUUCCUCCGGAAAACGGUCAGCCUUUCUACAGGAACCCCAAGGAGCUCCGCGCCAACAUGCCUCCCAACACCCUUCAAGCUGGUGUAUACCAGGGCGGCGAGAACACACCUAUGAUCUAG